AUGUUUGCGCUUUUCGUGGUAACCCUUUUACUUCCGCUAUCAACCACCGCUAUCCCUAUUCCCAACGGUCUUUUAGGCAAGUUUCACAUCGUUCUUAGUCAUAUGAUAAUGUCAUUUGGGCACUUAAUCAAUGUCAAAAGCUGACGUACUAUAAUAGGCUAAAAAGGGGGGGGAUUCAGACUAGCAGAAGACGGCGUUGGAGAAAGUUGAACGCUUUGAAAGAUUAGGAUCACAAUUUACAGGAAACGUCGAAGUCGAAUGCACGGAUACAACCAUCGAGGCGGUGUUCUUGACAGAAUCCGCGUUCUUGGGUAAGUUCAAACUCAUCACCAGAUUUCAAUUAUUAUGUAAGUGAAUAAUUCAGGAAGAGUAUUCGUUUUGGGUCACUCUCAAGACAAAGAAUGUGUUUCACGAGAGACCGGAAGACGUACAACUUCUAUCACUGUGCCACGUGAUAAAUGUGGAGUGGAGACGGUUCAACACGGAAAUGGGGCCGGAUACACGUCGUCAGUCAACAUCGUUAUCUCGUUCCACGACAAGUUUUUGACCAAAGUUGACAGGGUACGUGAUCUUUGAGCUCGUUCUAGUCCUACGGUAACGAUGAAAAUUUCUAGGCCUACAAUAUAACUUGCUUGUUCGCUCCAACUGGCGACGUCGUUUCUUAUGCUCUUACUGUUCAACCGUCGGUACGUCUUCAUAUCUUUCAUCUAUUUAUGAAAGCCAACGUGUUUUCAGCUGUUCAAAGACAUUCAAGUGCUGGCAGAUCAACCGAGUUGUGAGUACGAAGUGUUCGAUGUCAGAACUCGCCGACCGGCCGAUGUGGUUCACGUCAAUGCUCCACUUGAGCACGUCUGGACUUGCGAUGGAGCUAAUCUUGGUGAGCACUAAACGUUCAGAAGAAAUGCUGACUUUAAUAUUUUAGAUCUUUUCUGUAUGCGGGUUCACGAUUGUGUCAUCAACGAGGGAAAGAGCAAGCGACGAUCUAAGAUCAUCGACUCCGAGGGAUGCUCUCUGGAUGCCACCCGUCUACCGAACUUGCGCUACGAUAAUAACAAACUAUCGGCUCGCGUAAUGUCAAAGGCAUUCCGAUUCGGUGAUGACGUGGCUGUGGAAUUCGAGUGCAAUGUGCGACUGGAUCUUCGGAACGGAACUUCGUGCCCAAGGCCGAGAUGCUAG